AUGACUCCUUAUGUCUUUAAACGUCGUGCUGACGGUGUUCAUAUAAUUAAUAUUGGCAAGACAUGGGAAAAAUUGAUUUUCGCUGCCCGUAUUAUUACUGCCAUUGAAAAUCCCGCAGAUGUUGUAAUAAUUUCAGCUCGUCCAUAUGGUCAACGUGCUGUAUUGAAAUAUGCUUCGUACACCGGUGCACAGCCUAUUGCUGGUCGAUUUACUCCUGGAACUUUUACGAAUUAUAUUACUAGAUCUUUCAAAGAGCCUCGCUUGAUUAUUGUGACAGACCCGAGGACUGACCAUCAAGCCAUCAAGGAAGCGUCUUAUGUUAACAUUCCCGUUAUUGCAUUAGCUGAUACGGAUUCUCCUCUUCGUUUUGUUGACGUUGCGAUUCCAACCAAUAAUAAGGCCAAGCAUUCAAUUGGUUUAAUUUAUUGGUUGUUGGCUCGUGAAGUGCUUCGUCUUCGAGGUACCAUUGCAAGAGACUCUCCAUGGGAUGUUAUGGUUGAUAUGUUCUUUUACCGUGAUCCAGAAGAAACAGAGAAAGAAACAGAGACCGCACCUGUCGUGGGAGAGAAAACUGUUACUCCAUUUAUGGAAUCUAGUUGGGAGCAACAAGAAGCUCCUACUGAUUGGGAUGCGUCUGGCAUAACAGCACCUGGUGGUGUUAAUCCUUCUGUUGCCAUGGUUGCUACUGCUAAUCCAGUAACUACUGGGGAUUCAAAUUGGGAUACACAAGAAACUGAAGAACCUGGUGGAUGGGGCGAGAGUACUUUUGAUUCUUCAUAUGGAGAGACUGCUACUGGUGCACCUUUUGGUGGUGACCCUAGUGGUAAUUGGGCGGAUGAACCAACAGAAAAUGUUAAUCAGGGAGAAGGCUGGGAUUAA